GAAUAGUGGAUGACACCCUCCUAGAAGAAUUUUUUUUUUCUUUAUUUAAAAAAGAUUUUGACAUUUUUUUUUUUCUUCUUCUUUCUUUACACACAUUUUUUAAUAAUAACAAUGGCUGGUAACAAAGGAAAGGUUCUUCUUGCAUACUCUGGUGGAUUAGACACCUCUGUCAUUUUGGCUUGGUUGAUUGAGCAAGGUUAUGAAACCUUAGCUUAUAUUGCCGAUGUUGGUCAAGAGGAAGACUUUGAAGCCAUCAAGGCUAAGGCUUUAUCUGUUGGUGCCGCCAAGGUCUUUGUUGAGGAUCUUAAAGCUGAAUUUGUCAAGGAGCAAAUCUACCCUGCUAUUCAAGCUAACGCCAUCUAUGAGUCUGUCUACCUUUUAGGUACUUCUUUGGCUCGUCCCGUCAUUGCCCGUAGACAAAUCGAGAUUGCUGCUCAAGAAGGUUGUCAAUACGUUUCUCACGGUUGUACCGGUAAGGGUAACGAUCAAGUCCGUUUCGAACUUGCCUACUAUGCCUUGAAGUCUGACAUUGAAGUCAUUGCUCCCUGGAGAUUACCUAUCUUCUUCGAGCGUUUCGCUGGUCGUAGUGCUCUUUUGGACUUUGCUGCUGAAAAGAACAUUCACGUUGCCCAAACCAAGGCCAAGCCCUGGUCUACUGAUGAGAACUUGUUCCAUAUUUCUUAUGAAGCUGGUAUUCUCGAAGAUCCCAAUGUUACACCUCCCAAGGAGAUGUGGAAGCUCACUGUUGAUCCUGAGGAUGCACCCAACACUCCUGAACGUAUUACCAUUACUUUCGAGCACGGUAUUCCCGUUAAGGUUGUUAACCACAAUGACGGACAAGUUGUUGAGAAGGAUGAUGUCAAGCUUUUCACUUACUUGAACGCUGUUGCCCGUCGUAACGGUGUUGGUCGUAUUGAUAUUGUUGAAUCUCGUUUCAUUGGUGUCAAGUCUCGUGGUUGUUAUGAGACUCCUGGUGGAACCAUUUUGCGUACUGCUCAUAUGGAUCUUGAAGGUUUGACUAUGGAUGGUCAAUUACGUGCUCUUCGUGAUCAAAACAUUACUGUUCCUUACGGUAAGGCUCUUUACAAUGGUCAAUACUUCUCUCCUGAGUGUGAGUACUUGACUCAAUCCAUUGAGUUCACUCAACGUAACGUCUCUGGUGAUGUCAAGUUGAAGCUCUACAAGGGUAACACCAUUGUUGAAGGUCGUGUUGCUGUCGGUGCUGGUGCCAAGCUCUAUGAUAUGCAAGAAUCCUCUAUGGAUGAACAAGGUGGUUAUAACCCAGUUGAUGCUGAUGGUUUCAUCAAGGUUCACUCCAUCCGUCUCAAGAAAUGGACUGCCAAGCAAUAAAUUCUCUUUUUCUCUUUUCUUUCCCUCUUGUUAAAUAUUUCCCCCUCCCAGCUUACAUAAAAUAAAACAAAAAUUUUUUUUGUA